CGAUCUUAGUAAUGGCGGCGUCCUCCUCUUCGACAAGGAGGAAGGGGUGAUGUGACUGCAGUCAAGUAGAAUCAUCCUUCACUGAAUUAACUUCGGAAGUUACCGAGCUGAAACCAAGUAGUAUCCUAGAGCGACAAGUGAUUUGAAGCUUCCAACAAACAUUGAAAUAUGCUUGUGGUGUGGAGGAAAAGUCCUGCAUUUGUCCACUCGAAAGCGACCGCUGCUUUAUCCUUGAAUCUACAACGGAACAUCUCUGAUUCUACUGGAGAUGUCAGCGUCAAACCUCUCCCCAAGCCUAGUCUCAGUGCCCUAAGGAAAGGAACCGGAGGUCGGUCAAGCUUCAAUGGAAUCGUAUGCACAGUAUUUGGGGCCUCCGGUUUCAUUGGACGUUACCUCUGCAACAAACUGGGGAAGAUAGGCACUCAGAUCAUAUUACCUUACAGAGGGGAUGAUUCAGAUAUCCUCCCACUCAGAAUGGUGGGAGAUUUGGGGCAGGUCCUCUUUCAGCCAUUCAGCCUCAAAGAUGAAGAAUCCAUCAUGAAGGCAAUGAGAUACUCGAAUGUCGUUGUGAACCUAAUUGGACGUGACUGGGAAACCAUCAAUUACAAAUUUGAUGAUGUACACUGUGAAGGUGCAAGAACCAUUGCUAGAUGUGCCAAGCAAGUCGGAGUUGAAAAAUUGAUUCACUUUUCUUCGCUUAAUGCUGCUGAAAUUCCCAAAGGCAUAGUGUUGAAGAAAGGAUCAAAGUUCCUUGCAAGCAAAUGGAAGGGUGAGCAAGCAGUCAGGGAAGAGUUCCCUGAAGCCAUCAUCAUGCGGCCUGCAGAUGUCUAUGGCCAGGAGGAUCGCUUCUUGAAUUACUAUGCAACAUUUUGGAGGAGGCAGUUCCACUGGAUGCCACUAUGGUACAAGGGCGAGAGAACCAUCAAGCAACCUGUUUUUGUGUCAGAUGUGGCUCAGGGCAUAGUCAAUGCCAUUCUGGAGAGGGACACAGCUGGGAAAACAUAUGAAUGUAUUGGGCCAAAGAGAUACCAGUUAGGAGAACUUGUUGACUACUUUCAUCGAGUCAUGAGAAGGGACGGUGUGGAGUGGGGAUACCGGCGGUAUGAUAUGCGCUGGGAUCUGCUUUUCCAGUUGCGUAUCACCCUCAUUGAGAAGCUUUGUUACAGCUGGCCCAUCAAUACCAUGAUUUGGGAGAAGGUGGAAAGGGAGCACACAACAGACAGAACAACAGGCUGCCCCACUCUGGAAGAUUUGGGAGUGACACUGACAGAAAUAGAGGACAGAGUGUCAUGGGAACUGAAGCCUUAUCGUGCUUGGAACUACUAUGAUGCAGAAUUGGAUGAGUUUUCCCCUCCACAGCCUCCUCCAGUCGUCACGGAUGCAUGAGGGUUGUUGAACUGAUGUCAGACUUGUACUCUCACUCUUCUCUCUUUGCUCCUCUUAGAUGAUAUUAAAGUGAAUCCUAAUUUAUGAGUAAUUGUGUUUUGUUUACACUUGUGUGACAUUUCACAUGACUCACUUAAGAACAACAUUUCUAAUGAUGCUC